AUGGAGCCCCCGGGCAAUAGGGGAUCAUGGGGCCCCUGUGUACUUGCCCAAUAUCAAAAAAGCCUAUGAAAAAGGUACCAGGGGCAUCUCAUGGAGCCCCCUACAAACCCCGGGCCCUCGGGCAGUGCCCGAGUUUCCAAAUGGUCAGUCCGCCCCUGGGUGUUGCUGUUGGACGGUUCCUCCCAAACAGGGGCGGACUGACAACUCAUAAGGGCCCCCGGCAAUAGGGGAUCAUGGGGCCCCUGUGUCCUUGCCCAAACUCAAAAAAGCCUAUGAAAAAAGGUACCAGGGGUAUCUCAUGGGGCCCCCUACUGACCCUGGGCCCUCGGGCAGUGCCCAAGUUUCCAAAUGGUCAGUCCGCCCCUG